AUGUCUAAAUUGGUUGAUAGGCUACGUGCACGACCAGAUCGUGGACCAGCUUAUAUGGAAAUUGAUUCCGAUGACGACGAUGACUUUGUUCCUAACCAUGGUCGGAUAACUGAUAGGCUGCGUGUACGACCAGACCAUGGACCAUCUUACAUGGAAUCUGAUUCCGAUGACGUUGUUCCAAUGCAGUAUCGGACAACUGAACAGGCCAAAGGGAAAGGCGAACGAGAAUCGGAAAGUUCUCUCACCAAGUUGGACAAGAUUUUGGACUGCAAAAUGCGUCUUACGGAGUCUAAAGAACCGAACCCCGAUAACGUGGCACCAAAGGAAGUUUCUACGAAGCAGUAUCUUGUGAAGUGGAAGGGGCAAUCGUACCUGCACUGCUCUUGGGUGCUCGAGCAGGACUUGCAGAAGGCUUACAAGUCCUCUCAUCAUUUAAAAACCAGAGUAAACAAAUUUCAUGAGAAAAUGGACUCAAUCAUUAACAACGGAGAAGACUUUAUUGCCAUUCGACCUGAGUGGACCACUGUCGACCGGAUCCUUGCUUCCCGGGGAGAAGAAGAUUGGAAGGAGUAUCUCGUGAAGUACCAAAAACUUGGAUAUGACGAGUGUUAUUGGGAGUAUGAAUCCGACAUCUCAAAAUUCGAGAAAGACAUCCAGCGGUUUAAAGAUAUCAAUUCUCGUCAUCGCAGAGGCAAGUAUGGUGAUCCUGAGAGUAAUCGUCAAGGUUUCCAGCAGUUCGACCAAACUCCUGAGUUUCUAACAGGCUCGUUACAUCAGUACCAACUCGAAGGAUUGAAUUUCUUGAGGUUCUCAUGGGAGCGACGAACUCACGUGAUUCUUGCCGACGAGACAGGGCUCGGCAAAACCAUUCAAAGCAUUGCGUUUUUAGCUUCUCUUUUCCAAGAGAACUUGGCUCCUUAUUUGGUGGUGGCUCCGCUUUCGACUCUGCAGAAUUGGGAGAGCGAAUUUGCCACAUGGGCUCCACAUAUGAACGUGGUUGUAUACAGUGGUAAUUCUCAAGCUCGUAGUGUUAUUAGAGAACAUGAGUUUUAUUUGCCAAAAGGUCAUAAAAGAACGAGUGGAGUCGGUGGAGAAAUGAAUGAAGACAGAAUCAAGUUUGAUGUCAUUCUUACAUCUUACGAAAUGAUCAACAUGGACACUGCCUUCUUAAUACCAAUCAAGUGGGAAUGCAUGAUUGUUGAUGAAGGCCACCGGCUGAAAAAUAAGGAGUCAAAGUUGUUCUCUUCACUGCAGCAGUAUAGGAGUGAGCAUCGGGUUCUUUUGACGGGAACACCACUUCAGAACAACUUGGAUGAACUUUUCAUGCUCAUGCAUUUUCUUGAUGCGGGGAAGUUUGGCAACUUGGAGGAGUUCCAAGAGCAACUCCAGCAUAUCAAUCAAAAGGAACAGAUAUCAAGGCUCCAAGGAAUGUUGGCUCCACAUCUGCUCAGAAGGGUAAAGAAAGACGUGAUGAAGGACAUGCCCCCUAAGAAGGAGCUCAUUUUGCGGAUUGAUCUGAGCACCCAGCAGAAAGAAAUUUACAAAGCUAUUUUGAUCCGCAGUUAUAAAAUCUUAUCAAAGAAAGGAGCUCAGGUAAAGGACGUUUUAAUGGAGCUAAAGAAAGUUUGCCAACAUCCGUAUAUGGUGAAAGGUCAACAUCCAGCAUUUGGAGAUGCAAAUGGAGCUUUUAAAUACCUCCUGGAAUCAUCCGGAAAGUUGCAACUUUUAGACAAAAUGUUGGUCAAAUUAAAAGAGCAAGGCCACAGAGUUCUCAUCUACACGCAGUUUCAGCACAUGUUAGACCUGCUUGGAUACUACUGUGGUUCUAAGAAUUGGUUUUACGAAAGAAUCGAUGGGAAGGUCAGUGGAGCUGAAAGACAACUUCGGAUAGAUCGGUUCAAUGCGAAGAACUCUAAGCGUUUCUGCUUUUUGCUAUUAACAAGAGCUGGAGGGUUGGGGAUCAACCUUGCAACCGCUGAUACGGUCUUCAUUUAUGACAGUGACUGGAAUCCGCAUGCCGAUCUUCAGGCAAUAGCUAGGGCUCAUCGACUUGGCCAGAAAAAUAAGGUGAUGAUUUACAGGCUCGUAAACCGAGGCACCGUUGAAGAAAGGAUGGUGCAAAUGAGUAAGAAGAAAAUGCUUCUAGACCAUGUUGUUGUGGGGAAACCGAAAGCACCAAACCUUAGUCAGGAAGAGCUAGAUGACAUCAUCAGGUAUGGUUCCAAGGACAUUUUCACUGAAGAGAAUGAGGAAGCAGGAAAGCUUGGAAAAAUUCAUUAUGAUGAUGAUGCUAUAGAAAAGUUGCUUGACCGUGACCAUGUAAAUGCUGAGGAGGUCUCAGUGGAUGAUGAAAAGGAAGAUGGGUUUUUCGAGGUGGCAAAUUUUGAGUACAUAGAUGAAAAUGAGACUGCCCCAUUAGAGGAGGCACAAGCUAUAGAAAACAAGUCUUCAGCAUCCAGUUCUCGUAGAUCGGCAAAUUAUUGGGAGGAUUUGUUAAAAGAUAAGUAUGAAAAGCUCCAAGCUGAGGAGCUCAGUGCUCUUGGAAAGAGGAAGAGAAGCGGUAAGAAGAUUAUUGAAGAAGAUGAUCUCGCUUAUUUAGAAGAGAGCUCUGAUGAUGAAACCAAAGCAUCAGAUGAUGCUAAGGCAUCUGCACAGGAAAAUCAGAUGGUUAAAAGACCUUACAAUAAAAGAACUCGCGAUAACUCGGAGCCAAUACCUUUAAUAGAAGGCGAAGGACAAUACCUUCAGGUGCUGGGUUUUAACUCGAGAGAAAGAGAGCUUUUCCGACGGACGUUGAUGAGUUAUGCAAUACUCUUCUUGAAACACAUCCAUGAAGACGAUCCUGAGGAUAACGCUCAAACUUUUUCAGAUGGAGUUCCCAAAGAAGGACUAAAUAGUGUUAAUGUAUAUGCAAAGCUUGCUCUGCAUAUACAAAUAAAAGAGAAGUUGAAAUUUGUGGAAAAUCCUCUUUUCCCCGACCGCAUCAUUGAAAGGUUCCCUUUACUAAGAAAAGAUUUAAAGUUUUGGAAUGAAGAACAUGAUAAGAUACUGCUCGCUGCUGUUUCUAAGCAUGGGUUUGGAAAUUGGGUAUCCAUUGUUAAGGACAAAGAGUUUGGCAUGGAAGAGUUCAUCUGCAAAGAACUGAACACCCCUUACAUAAUUCCGACUACUGCUUCUGAACAAGCUGGCUUGCCAGAGAGUAGCUCGAACCAGAACAAUGCUUCUGCUGCUGGAGGCCAGGAAAACCAGAUUGAUCUGGAGCGUGAGCUUAUGCUAAAAAGAUUUGUGAAAGGACGAUUCAAGAUUCUGGAAUCAGUGAUCAGAUAUGAGAUUGCUGAAGAGAUGGAUGAACAAAACGGUUCAUAUCCAACCUGUACUGAACAAGUGGAAAGUGAAACAAUGGUGAUGGAUACAGUGGAAAUGAGUGCUGUAGAGGCUGACAAAAAUUUUACUGAUGGACUUCCAUCUCCGACCGGUGCUGAACAAGUGGAAAGUAAAACAACGGUGAUGGAUACAGUGGAAAUGAAUGUUGUAGAGGCUGACAAAGUUUUUACUGAUGGACUGCCAUCUCCAACCCGUGCUGAACAAGUGGAAAGCGAAACAAAGGUGAUGGAUACAGUGGAAGCGAGGGUUGUAGAGGCUGACAAAUUUUUUACUGAUGGACUACCAUCUCCGAUCCAUGCUGAACAAGUGGAAAGUGAAACAAAGGUGGUGGAUACAGUGGAAGCGAGUGUUGUCGAGGCUGACAAACUUUUUACUGAUGGACUCCCAUCUCCGAUCGGUGCUGAAGAAGUGGAAAGUGAAACCAAGGUGAUGGAUACAGUGGAAGCGAGUGUUGUAGAGGCUGACAAAAAAAUUACUGAUGGACUCCCAUCUAUGACCAGUGCUGAACAAGUGGAAAGUGAAACAACGGUGGUGGAUACAGUGGAAAUGAGUGUUGUAGAGACUGACAAAGUUUUCACUGAUGGACUGCCAUCUCCAACCUGUGCGGAACAAGUGGAAAGCAAAACAAAGGUGAUGGAUACAGUGGAAGCGAGGGUUGUAGAGGCUGACAAAUUUUUUACUGAUGGACUACCAUCUCCGAUCCAUGCUGAACAAGUAGAAAGUGAAACAAAGCUGGUGGAUACAGUGGAAGCAAGUGUUGUCGAGGCUGACAAAUUUUUUACUGAUGGACUGUCAUCUCCGACUUGUGCUGAACAAGUGGAAAAUGAAGCAAAGGUGAUAGAUACAGUGGAAGCGAGUGUUGUAGAGGCGGACAAAAAUUAUACUGAUCGACUGCCAUCUCCGACCCGUGCUGAACAAGUAGAAAGUGAAACAAAGGUAAUGGACACAGUGGAAGCGAGUGUUGUAGAAGCUGACAAAAAUUUUAUUAAUGGACUGCCAUCUCUGACCCGUGCUGAACAAGUGGGAAGUGAAACAAAGGUGAUAGAUACAGUGGAAGCGGGUGUUGUAGAGGCUGACACAAAAAUUUCUGAUGGACUGCCAUCUCCAACCUGUGCUGAACAAGUGGAAAGUGAAGCAAAAGUGGUGGAUACAGUGGAAGCGAGUGUCCUAGAGCCCGACGAUGACUUUUUUGAUGGACUACCUGAUCCUCUCACUGUAGAAGAAUUAAAAGCAGGCAACUGGAAACAAAGGGCUAAACUUGCUCAACUUUAUAACGAGUUGUGUGGAAAUCACGUUGGGAGCUCACGCGAGACAUUCGAAAUAUCUAUGAAUGGACAACCUCUGAGUCCAGAACUGGAUACCUUCAGAAUAGAUUAUGAUGCUGAGAUGAAAGAACUAGAAGAAAAAGCUGUGGAAAAUGUUGAUGUGAAAAUGGAUGAAGCAGAAACUGAUGUCAUUGUGCACCAAGAGCAAGAACCCAAAAUAUAGGUGAUGCAUAUAAUAAGAACUAUACUUACUUUCUAUCAUUUCUCAGUAUUCAAAAGGGAC